ACUUUCUCACGAUCUUCACCGCAGAAGUCUUCGAGCCGCGGCCCCACCCGAGGACGUUAAUUGUUCCCCGCAGGCAUUCCGUGAUUGGGUCUCAUCGUCCCCGGUCCCCGGCCAGCCUGCUCGUCCCUCGUCCCGCCCGACCCGAGCGCGAGAGCAGAUCUAGAUCCUGUCCUCUCCGACGAAGCACAGAUCCAAAUCCGAGGCGACUGUCGAUCCCGCGCUCGCUCGUCGGCUGGCCUCGAGCUCGACUCCAUCUCCCGGUCCGGACGUUGGCCACGACGAGCAGCUGGAAUAGGGCCACUCGAGACGCACGAUCGACCAUGAGCCGUAGAAGUAGCCUCGUCGCCCCAGGGACGAUUUGAAUCGGGAUUCGGCUCUGCUGCUGCCGCGACAUUCGAUUCAUUAGACGAAACCGGCGGCAAAUACAGCAGAGCAGAGCCCAGCGCCAUCGGCAGCAGCGGCAGUGCGCGCGAGACAAGUCGGGAGGGGGGUAGAUCGCAGGCAGAAAAAGCGUCGACUGCCGAAAUGGGGGGUAGAAGUAGACUCGUGAAUCGCGCGAUUUUGAGAACUCUGUCUCAACACAGCAGCAGCAGCAGCAGCAGCCCGUCGACCUUGCCGGCAUCGGGCUCGGGUGCCAAUGCCGUCAGGGAGGAGGUGAAGAGCCUGGGCAGAGCCGGCGGUGCAAUCCUAGGCAGUGCGGUGGACGAGAGUGGAGCUCGAAAGGCACAAUGGGGGGCGGGAUGGGUCUUCGCCGCCGCAGGACUGGUGGGCAUGUCGGGCGGGGCUGUCGGCAGCUUGCACACGCAGGCGGAGGAGGAGCCGAAGGCGAGCAUUGUCCCCGAGGUCGCGAGGCCGGCCUCGAAGCCGAGGGUGGUCUUCGUUCUCGGUGGUCCGGGCAGCGGCAAGGGCACGCAGUGUGCGAAGAUCGUCGACAGCUACGGGUUCGUGCAUUUGAGUGCCGGUGACUUGCUGCGGGCCGAGAUCAAGUCAGGCUCGCCUGAUGGCACCAUGAUCCAGAAUAUGAUCAAGGAAGGCAAGAUCGUGCCCUCGUCGGUGACGAUCAACUUGCUGAAGAAGGCAAUGGCGGAGAGCAACACCGACAAGUUUUUGAUCGACGGAUUUCCCCGUAAUGAGGAGAAUCGCGCGGAUUUCGAGAAGGUGACGGGAAUUUUGCCGGAAUUCAUUCUCUUUUUUGACUGCCCGGAGACGGAACUGGAGAGACGGCUGCUGGGGCGAAAUGAGGGUCGCGUGGACGACAACAUCGAGACCAUUCGGAAGCGAUUCAAGGUUUUCAUCGAGUCCAGUCUGCCCGUCAUCGACCACUACGAGAAAAUCGGCAAGGCGCGCAAAAUCGAUGCCACCAAAUCGAGGGAGGAGGUAUUCAACGCAAUUGAUCCCCUUUUCAGACCUUUUCUGGAGACUGACUUACAGCGGGCCACAGAGGUUCUUCUGAAGGGGAUCGAUUCCGGCGAUUUGUCCACCUACGAGCGCUUCUGCGAUCCCGGAAUGACAGCUUUCGAGCCAGAGGCCAGCGGGCACCUCGUGAAAGGAUUGGAUUUCCACAGGUUCUACUUCAACAAGAAGGUUGCGGGUGGCAACGAGGCCGAGAAUUUCCGGCAAUCCACCGUAACCUCUCCGGUGGUCACUCUGCUUGACAGCAACGUGGGCCUCGUGACGUACACUCGAUUAGUUCAGGAUCGAUCCUCUUCUGAAGUCAAGGCCUACAACGAAACGAGGCUCUGGCAACGAAAAAAGGUAAAUGGCCAGUUUGAGUGGAAGAAUGUUCACUUUCAUCGUUCUUUGGCCUGAUUGGAGCGUGAGUCGUUCUCUCGACCUUCCUGCUUCUUCGACCCGAGUGCGAGUCUGCAUAAUCUGCCUGCAUUGGCAUCAUACCGGAAAACUGAGAUAACGUCACGAUCUGCGUCGAUCGGGUAAGAGAUCGGUGAUGGGCCCUCAGUUGCCUGUACAUCGACUAGUUAGAUCUUAUCAGCACGAUGUAGUAGAACUCCAUUUAGUAGCAUCCAACGCUUCUUGUUGACAUCAUUUUUUAGAGGUUACAUCAUUGGAAGCAUUCAUUGACGCGAGUGAUUAUCCUCGUUCACUGCGAAGUAUAAAUCAAAGCUUUUGAUCGGCAUAGACUGCCCGUAUCAGGCUCUCGGAUAACGUGCACCCUUGCUAGAAAUGCAGUUAGGGGCAGAUGGCCCAUUCAUUACUCAUUCAUCUCCGCCAGCGGUAACAGCAAUUUUAUUAAAAGAAUCGGUUCUGAGUUA